UCAAGUUGUUUAGUUCAGUGCAAUUCAUUCAGUGGUCUGAGUAUAACCUAUUACGUUUCUUAAGUUAUCGUGUGCGUGAUCAACUUUUGUACAUAUUGGUGUUGAACGAAAGGAUUAUUUUAACACUUUUCUGGAUCCUAUCUGCAGUGAUAUUCUGUUCUUUGAAGGUGACGAACACUUACGAAAAACUCCAAGAAGAAUACCGAAAAAACAAACAAACACUGAAAUGGCCGAUUCCAAUAUUGUCCAAUUUUAUGAAGAUCGCUCAAUAUUUAUUACCGGUGCAACGGGUUUUAUGGGGAAAGUUCUUGUGGAAAAAUUGCUCAGAUCCUGUCCGGGCAUCAACCGCCUCUAUGUACUGAUGAGGCCCUCAAAGGGGAAAGAAGUUGCCGUCCGCCUUCAGGAACUUAUCAGCAAUGAGGUAUUUGAUUCACUUAGAAGAGAGCAAUCCAAUAUGCUAGAAAAAAUCGUUGCCUUGUCAGGAGACGUGACGCGGGAAAAUUUUGGGUUGUCGCCCUCUGAUUUGAAUUUGAUUAUUGAAAAUGUUUCGAUUGUUUUCAACUUGGCCGCAACAGUCAGAUUUGAUGAAGAACUGAAGUCUGCCCUUCAAAUGAACGUCAAAGGGCCAAUGUACCUUCUGGAAAUAUGCCGCAGGAUGAAAAAUCUAGAUGCUUUUGUUCACGUUUCAACGGCUUUUAGUUUUGUUGACCGACAAGAAAUUGAUGAAGCCAUCUAUCCAUCAAAUAUGGAUCCAGUCAAACUAUCCGAAUUCAUCGACGGUGCUGAUCCUGCGCUUAUUAGCAACAUCACAACAGAACUCGUUGGUUCGUAUCCCAACACGUAUACCUACACGAAGCAAUUGGCUGAACAGAUUUUGGAACAGGAGUGUGGUGCUGUUCCGUUGGCAAUUGUUCGGCCCUCCAUCGUUACAGCGGCUCUUAGAGAACCUUUUCCCGGCUGGAUCGACAAUUUAAAUGGUCCAACUGGAUUGAUUGCAGGAGGAGGGAAAGGCUUCAUCCGAGUAUUCAAAGUGGAAAACGCAGAAUUUGUAACUGACCUGAUUCCUGUGGACUUGUCUAUUAAUUUGAUGAUUGCAGUAGCGUGGCGAACUGCAAUGUAUAAACCAGUGAACCCUGAAGUCUACUUUAGCUCAACAAGUUGUGAUAAUCCUAUCACAUUCGGACAAUUUGAAAGUUUUACCACUCUUGCCUGGAGGAAAUAUCCAACCAAAGACAUGCUGUGGUAUCCGACAUCGGAGUGCACCAACAAGAAUUGGUAUUAUCAGCUCAAUGUUAUGUUGUGUCACAUUAUGCCUGCCGUUAUAGCUGAUUGUUAUGCUCGAUGCGUGGGUCAACGUGCAAAUAAGGUCCGUUUGUACAGAAAAGCUUUUCGUGCAUUAUCUGCGUUCGAUUUUUUCUUUAGUAAACAAUGGAAAUUCGUUAGCAAGAACUCAGAUGGAAUUUGGUCAAAGAUGUCAGCUAAAGAUCGUCAAAUCUUUUAUUUCAAUGUCCGAGAUAUUAACUGGCGUGCUUACUUCGAGACCUACAUUUUGGGUACUCGACGAUUUAUUCUUAAAGAUGAUAUCAGCACUCUACCAGAAGCAAAGAAAAAUGUUGCAAAGCUGUAUUUACUGCGAAACUGCCUGCAUAUUUUCCUUUUUGCAAUUUCCGUUAUCGGUUUUUCAUCAGUUUUAAAUUUGAUGAAAUUCUUUUUCCGCAGACAAAAUACUGCAAGUUAUGAUUUGUAGGUUGUAUUUGUAGAAAAUAAACGGCUAAGACGCUAA